AUGACUGAGCCACAUCGUUUCACUUCAAUUAUGAAUUGUCUUACGCGAAUAACUCGUCAAAUUGUACAACAAACAUCUUGUUAUUCUCAAGGACAAAUCUACGUAUUACCAUUGUUGAUGUCAGUAUUACCUGGUAUCGAUUUGAAUGAUUUCGAUAAAACAUCAAUUACGUUGGACUUUUUUGAUACGAUUUUUAUGCUUAUUACAUGUGCCGAUUGUUCAUCAGCUGUACAAACUCGAAAUGAUCUUAGCGACGUGAUACAAGAAAAGAUCACACAAUGUUUUACUGGUGCUUUUUUAUCACCUAAAGUAAGAAAAAUUGUCGCUAGUCUUGUUCAAGCAAUGGUUACUGGAAAUCCGAUCGAAACAAUCAAAUAUCUCUUGCCUCAAACAUGUCAAUUCAUCAAAAAGAUUAUCAACAAUAUGGAAAGAACUGUUUUAUUGACCGAUUGUAAAGGUGAUAUUGAAUUAACUUGGUUUCUUAUUCUCUUCUCGGAACUUGUUCGCGCUCGUGGUGAUGUUCUACUCAACUACAAAUCAAUGAUUAUCUCUAUAUUUCAUCAAUGUAUUCAUAUCAUUCACAAGGACUCAUAUCAAGCUAUUGCUCAAGCAGCUACAAAUGUACUUCAAUCAUUAUCAAAUGUCUAUCCUAUUGAUGAUCGGUCGACAAUUGAUAACAAAAAUGUUUUAUCUGUUCGAACAUGGGGACAAUCGGUGGAUUUCGAUCGAUUACAAAUACAAUAUCAUAUUCCGAAUGCAGACGAAAUUGAUUUUGCUUGUGAAUUCAUUGAAACAUUCAUCUAUCCUGAAUUAACGUCGUUGAAUGAGAAUAUCUUGACAAUGUCGAAUGAUGAACGAUUAAGAUCACUCACUAUUAUUCUAUACAUUGCCAUCGGAUGUUUGCGUAUGGUACCACGUAUUGAUAGUAAACACGUGUCAGAUUUCAUGCUAUCUGUUGUCUCGACUAGUUCUAAUACUCAAUUUCAAUGUUCAAUCUAUCCGAAAGAACCAAAAUUUCGAGAAAAUCUACGAAUGCGUCUUUAUAUUGACAUUGGGCAUUUACUCGAUGUAAUGAUGGAAAAUCAUUUGGACGAUGUUUCAUCAAUGAAAAUAGCACUUCAAAUCUAUUCACUCUCGUCUCGCUAUAAUGGUGCAUCAGAACAACGUGUUAAUCUAUUGUACAGAGAUAUUACAUUAAAAAGUAAAUUAUUCAAGAAUAAUUUAUACGGCAAACGACAAUAUCCUGGAUUUUUAAUAAUAAAAAAACUCGAAUUGCAGAUUGAAGUACGUCGCAUUGCACAAAUGGAAUUAUUCGCUAUUUUGAAUCGUUAUUAUUUCGGAUUUGAAGUUAUUGUCGAUCGACUUGUGGCAUUACUCAACUCAUUCGAUGAAGUUAAUCAUAAUCAAAUUAAAGGUAUAGUAGCAUUUUGUCGCCUACAAAAACCACCUCGAAUCUUUGUCGAAAAGCCUCUUAAUGAAAUUCUACAUCGGAAUGGACAAAUACCAUUACCAAUCAUCAAUGGUGAAUGUUAUUCGGGUGAUCGUGACGAUAAUUUAUGGGUGACUAUCAAUCAUUAUCAGCCACCAGAAACACAAAUUGAAUGGGAGCAAGAAUGUUUUCUGGGCAAAUCAUAUCAUGGGUAUUAUACGUGGCCAAAAAGGAUCAAAUAUUCUAUGAAUAAACGAGCACGUUACACACGAAACGAGAUGUCAGAACAAGUGGCCAUUAUUUAUGAUUAUUUUAUAGACAAGACAUUUCUUACACGAUCAAUACAAGUGAUAAUUUUCGAUGAUAAUAGCGAGCGGAUUAAUUUCGAUAGAACACAAUUUGCCAUGUUCAAAGGUCUUUUUCGUAAUUUUGGUUUGGCAUUCAUCGAUAAUUUUAUGGAACAAUUGUACAUUCUCGUUCGUGAAAAAACUAAAGAGAAGCAAGAAGGUAGUCAUCGGAUAGCUGCUGAAAUCGUUGCUGGAAUGAUUCGUGGUUCAAAAUAUUGGACAUUAGGCAUGGUGAGCAGAAAUUCUUCAUUUUCAAAUGAGAAUAUUUUGUUGAACAAUUGA